AUGGUGUUCUGGAAUGAGAGUACAGAUUGCUGCUCGUGGGCGGGGGUCACGUGCGACUGGUCGAAUGGUCAUGUGAUUGGACUUCACCUGAGUUGCAGCCACCUUCACGGCACCAUCCAAGCCAACAACACCCUCUUCCACCUUUGUCACCUCCAAAGCCUCAAUCUUGCCUUCAAUGACUUCAAUUUCUCUACAAUUUCACCUGAUUUUGGCUCGUUUGCAAAAAAAAAAUUUCACCUUCCAAACCUACGAAAGAUCAACGUAUGGGCAAAUUGGGACCUCACAGGUAAACUUCCAUACUUCAAUGUGACUAGUUCCCUUCAGUUUCUUGAUCUCUCCGAGACAAGUUUUUUUGGCCAAUUGCCUAAUUCAAUCAGCAAUCUUAAAGCCCUGAAUAUUUUGUACCUCUUUAACUGCAACUUUUCGGGGUCCAUUCCAGCUUCUCUUGGGAACCUUACACAAAUUACCAAUCUAGGCUUCGCGGAUAACAGUGUCGGCGGUCAAAUCCCCUCAUCAAUUUCAAACCUUGUAAAGCUUAAUGGCUUGUAUCUUGACGGAAACAAUUUUAACGGACAAAUACCGAAUUCCCUUGGCAACAUGAGCCAACUUACUGACUUGUUUCUUUCUAGAAAUCAGCUAACUGGUACAAUACCAUCUUUGUUGUUUGCUCUGCCUUCACUGGUUGUUAUAAAUUUGAGUAACAAUAACUUAAGUGGUGUAGUGGAGCUAGAUAAGCUGCUUAAUCUAAAAUGUUUGUCCUAUUUUGAUCUCUCAUAUAAUGGUCUCUCAUUGAACAUCAACAACAGUGUCAACUCUACCUUGACCACCUUUGACACUAUAGGAUUAGCUUCUUGUAACUUGAGCGAACUCCCAAACUUCUUAAGAGAGCAAACCAGAUUGCGUUCUCUAGACCUUUCAACCAACAAAAUUCAUGGUGAAGUUCCAAAAUGGUUAUUCAAUGUGGGGAAAGAUUCAUUGCAAAAUUUAAAUCUUUCUCAUAAUUUCCUUAUAAGUUUAGAGCAUCUUCCAUGGAAGAAUCUAUGGUAUAUUGACCUGCACUCCAACUUACUCCAAGGACCACUCCCUGUUCCACCUAACACCACAAUUGUUUUCUCUAUCUCAAACAAUAAACUGAGCGGGGAAAUCCCCCCAUUGAUUUGCAGUCUGAGUUCACUUCUAGUUCUUGAUUUGUCUAAUAACAGUUUGAGUGGCUUGAUUCCACAAUGUUUGGGAAACUUGAGCAACAGUCUCUCAGUGCUGAAUUUAGGGAUCAAUAGCUUUUCUGGCACCUUUACUACAACAUUUACCAAAGGCAAUUUGCUAAGGAAUCUUAACUUAAAUGGCAACCAAAUUGAAGGACAAGUUCCACGAUCUUUGCUCAAUUGUGAAUACUUGGAAAUUCUAGAUCUUGGAAAAAACAAGAUAAACGAUACAUUCCCCCACUGGUUGGAAACUCUUACAGAAUUACAAGUUCUUGUCUUGAGGUUUAAUAAGUUUCAUGGUCACAUAGGCACCUCCAAGACCAAAGACAAACAUCCUUUUCCUAAGUUGAGAAUUAUUGACAUAUCUUGCAAUGAGUUCACUGGGUUAAAAGAGUCUUAUUUGGGAAUGAGUUUUUUCGAUACUUUCCCUUCUUGA